AUAAGCGGCGAUGAUGAUCCGCACUUGAUAAGAGUUUUUCACCAGGCUGGUAUUAGGUAUUUUACUGGUACGCAAUAAAACAGAAAAACCACGAAGUGCAAUCGCAUUGUUAUUUCCUGGAUAUUUUAAAAAGCCUGUUAAAAUGGCAAGGUUUUGUUCCGUCUUUGGCUUGUUUUGCUGUUGCUUUUCGGUCGUCCAUUUUACUUAUGUAAAUGCGGCAACAUUACCACAAGGUGGAAAUUCACGGGCGAAUUCGAUACGCUGGUAUCCCCUGCCACCGGAACAUCUUUAGUGUUUGCAGCAAAUAUUUCCGCGCAGUGUUCACCAGUGGUCUUCAAGAGUCUACUAUCCGCCUGAACAACAUCUCCACGAGCACACUGAAAGAUCUGGUUAGUUAUGCCUACACACUGGAAAUCAAGAUUGACGUCAACAAUGUUCGAUCCAUCCUGGCGGCAGCGCUUUUUCUGGAAAUUCCUGCCGUCGCCAGUCUGUGCUGGGAUGUUGUGGAGGAGCAAAUGGAUGUCACCAUUUGCUUGAUGGUUCACCGCUUCGUCGAUCGACAUACCAAAGCGCGACUGGCUGCGCGAGCCAAAGCCAUGGUUCUUCGCAAUUUUCUCCGAAUUUCACGGAGUGCUGACUUUUUACUCGUUGAUGUAGAUAAGUUGGUCGAACUAAUCGCAUCAAAUGAUCUGCGCGUGGUCAAAGAGGAUAACGUGCUGGAAGCGGUAGUGCGCUGGCUGGAGCACGACCCAGCCGGACGAAAGGCGCAGGUUUCCGAGCUGCUUCAGUUUGUACGGUUGGUCUUCCUUGGUUCUGCAGCACUGCAGAAGUAUUUUCUGUUGCUCUUCAAUGGUUUUAUCAGUACACCAGCUGCCCCUUCAUCAGUGCCGUCCGGAAUUGCUCAAACUCUGCCCAACCGUCAAGCCGAGGCCAUGACAUCUCAAAGUCGUCCCCGGGAGUCAUACGAUUCGGCGAAGGCGAUUGUGUGCGUUGGUGAGAUGAAGGGUGGUGAGAAGAAGACUCGCUUGUCCUUGCACAUUUUCAUGCCGUCAACUUCACUUGUGCUGCCUCUAACAAAUCUGCCAGAAAAUUUCGAUGCUCCUGCUUUGGCGAUGCUGUCCAGUGGCUUGAUACUGGCAUGUGGAGGAGGUUCGAAGCAUCUCUCGGAACGCCGAGUCUGGCAGUAUGAUGCUACUCACUUUGCGUGGAAGGAAGUCGAAGCCAUGGGGCACCGGCGCUAUGGAGCGGGCGUAGUGGCGCUUAAUGGUCGUAUUUAUGCUGUCGGCGGUGUUGAUUUACGAGCUGGAACCAAGGGUCGUUCCGUAACUUUGUCCUCCAUGAAGGUGUACGAUCCAGAGGAUGACGAGUGGGAGUUUGUGGCUUCUCUGCCGACCGCGUUGGUCGAUUUCGCUAUUGUGGCGUGUGAUGAUCGGCUGUUUGUGUUUGGAGGGGAAACUGGACGUUUCAAUGGAGAGGUGAAGAGCGUCUACUGUUACGACCCCGUAGGAAAUGUGUGGAGCAGAAUGGCCGACAUGUCGACGGUGCGGCGUAGUUGUACGGCUUGCGUGGGUGCCAGUGGACUGGUUUAUGUGAUAGGUGGGUCGGCGGAUGCUGAUGAAGGUGAACAAUGUGGAUAUCUGGUUGAGGCUUAUGACAUCGCGACUAAUCAGUGGUGUAAAAAGAAAAUAUGAUCGUAAAUCGUCAUUCUGCUGUCAGCGCUUGUAUCGGCGGAACGAUCUAUGCUGUUGGUGGGGUGGAUUGACCUGACGAAUAUGUCGAGAAUACGUCGAUCGAGUGUUAUGACGAAGACACCGACACGUGGACUCUGCACAGCUGCCGGAUGCCGAAAGAGAGAGUCCUCACGGGUUGUGCUGUAAUGACAUUGAACACUGGUAAAUUUCUGGAAAUGGUGACCCGCCAUUUCGUCGACGAAAAUUCGUCGACCGUCGCUUCGUCGAGUAGACACGAUGUCGACCUGUCACGACGUCGAACCAACGUUUAGCUAAACCAGCUCAGUUUUCUAGUAUACCUAAGAAACCUCUUUUUAGCCGUCGCCCUCGUGAGGGUCGAUGUAGUGCGGUCGACAUGGUGUCGGUCGACGAAACGUCGGUGAGCGCUGGAAAUAACUGUAGUCGAAAUUGGUUGCGGCGGCAUUUCUGGCUCGUGGUUUGCUAAUACAGUUUGAAACGCGCUUGUCGGGAUCAGUAUACUCCUUAUAAUUAUGGAAUCAGUCUGGUGGUGGUUACUGGGUACCUUGGACUACCCAUAGCGAUAACUUAUUUUAUUUGCGGAUGUCCAGCGCAUGUUACUCUAUAUCUCAUGCUACGAGAAAGAGUCGAGAAGGUCAACGUACGUGCAAACUAGCACCACAUGAAAAGAAUUAAUGUCAUUAUGCGAUGGACUGCGGACUGAUAUUCUUUCUACCUGCCGUUGUCAAAAUCCGCAUGAUUUCCGUCUUGACAAUGGAUCCUUCGUUUACAGGUACGAAUCUGACGAAUGUGAAUGCGCAUUGUGGAUGAUCUCUAGGAGAUCGGCAUUCUCUUCCACAAAUCGUAGUAAGGCGUUUUAGUAAGGAAUCCUUGAAACUAUUUGCAUCCUGGUCCAGUUUAGUUGUUGUGAAAAUUGACUGAAGCUUCCGUUUGUUUGGGUGUAUGCGCAAUCGAUUAUGUUUUGAUUGAAUUGGUCCUUGAAUGUGUCUCUGUUUGGAGAGUUUUGCAAUGUUCUUGUGGGCGUUCUGCUGCUUGAACCUGCUUCUGUUGUAGUUUGGGAAAGAAACCAUUUGUGGAUCGUACAAAUGCGUG